AGUGAAAAUUUUAUCAUUUUCCAUAUUGCUAUUACUAUAUUUCGUAUCGUCACUGUCACUGCAUUUGUUUUUACUGAUGCAAAAGCUAUCCAAGUUCUUUACAUACCAAGUAUUCAACCUAGUUCUAGCACUUUCAAUAUUAUUUACGGAGAGGGAUAA